CAUAAAUUUACACUAAUUUAGAAAUUCUAUAAAACUAUUUUAUCUUUUUCUUUAUCAUAAUGAGUGGUGAAUUAGAAGAUAAUUUGAAUCAAACUUUGCAAGCAUUGAUAUCCUAUAUCCCAGAAUUAAAUAAACAAGGUAAAGGUGUGAUAGAUGAUAAAUUGAUAUUGAGACAAUCAUUACAUUAUCUUAAAUAUUUACAAGGCGGCUCAUCCGUUAUUGAUACAGGCGGCAUCUUAUAUCCAGACCAAAUAGCAGCUCUUUUAAUCAAGAAAUAUAAUGAGGGUUACUCUGAAUGCGUGAAUCUAAUUUUGGAUUAUCUAAUCGAAAUUGAGCAACUUGAUGUUUUAGAUUGUAGAGUGUACCAUCUUAUAGGUUAUUUAAAGGUAAAAAAGACUUAAAGAAUGAUUAGCUGGAAGAAUAUAUCCAUUAGAAAACAUAAAUAUUAAUUAUUAAUUUGGUUAUAAAGCAAUAUAUUUUUAUUUAAAUUAUUCUUUGAAUUAAUGUAUUUAUAUCCAAUUUAAAAAUGAAAUUAAUUUAAUAAUUUAAGCCUUUGAA